UCCUGGGGGUUGAGCCGAUGCCGGGUGUUCGGACCUUUAAGGCCCCCCGGCAGAGGCAACACACCUCUUCGGCCUCUGCUUCACAUAGACGGCACCCCUGGGCUGACCCACCCAGGGGAAAUCGGCAGUUGCCUUUUCCUGUCCUCCUCUUUAAUCUUCGUCUUUCUCUCUCACUUUCAAUCUAUCCUGUCUUCUGUUCACUUCCAUUACUUCUAAUUUCCCAGGCAGCUAGGGUUAACCUUGUGUGGGUACCCAACCUCGGAUACUCCAUAUUUGGUUAUAGUGGUGACGUACAGCUGGCGUCUGCAGGUCUUGUGUUUACAGGCCCUCCAGCGUCCCCUUGUUGGACUCCAUGGUGGGUGGCUGGCGUUGCUGCCGAAAAAUCCAUAUAUACUUAUGGCAAGUUCAUUCCCCCCACUAUCCGAUCGCCGUCUGAAACGAGGGCGCACCGAUGAAGUCUUCCAGUUUUUUGGUCGCCAAAGAGAAACUUUUCCCCGAUUCCAUGUGAUUCACUCAGAAAAAACAGACAAAUCUGUACGAGCAAUCUCACCUUUCCUUGUGUCAAAGACUUUGACUGAUAUUUUUGGACCAGGCUAUAAAGCAUCUAGGAUGGCGAGCGGUGAUCUCCUCUUGGAGCUCCGAGACCAGAAACAGUACGAAAAACUGCCCAAUCUAGUAUCAUUUGGAGAUGCGCAAUUAACAGUAACCCCGCACCGUACAAUGAAUACCACCCGUGGCGUUGUCUCAGAUGACGAUCUGUUGCAGCUGAGUGAGGCUGAACUCCUGGAGGGUUUCAGUGAGCAGAAUGUCAUCAAUGUAAAACGGAUUAAAAUGAGGCGAGAUGGCAAAGAACUCCAGACCAGGCAUCUGAUACUUACUUUCAACUCAAGUGUUCUGCCCGAGUCUAUCGAGGCCGGGUACAUCAAGCUUCGUGUUAGGCCAUACGUGCCAAAUCCUCUUCGAUGUUUCAAAUGCCAGCGAUUCGGCCACAGUUCGCAGAACUGCCGAGGCCGACUGACCUGUGCUAAAUGCAGUGCACACGAACAUAUAUCUGACUCCUGCGAAAACGCUCUACACUGUGUAAACUGUGAUGGGGAGCACGCCGCAUACUCGCGGUCUUGCCCAUCCUGGAAAAGAGAGAAAGAAAUCGUGACAAUUAAAGUAAAAGAGAACCUAUCAUUCAAGGAAGCACGGAGGCGGGUAUCGUAUCUGCCAAAGAACAGCUUUGCCGAAGUGGCGCGUCAGGGGGCGGCGUCACAACGGCCACCGGUUGCUGUCCAGCCCACGCGUAGUGAGCCGGCGGCAACGCCGUCCGCCCCCUCGGCGGCAGCAGCUAGCGCUGCUCCGCCAACUCUCAAGAAGGGGCCAUCGACCUCCGGGCUGGUGGCCUCCAGGGCCUCGUCCCUCGAGGCGAGGCCUUCCCGUCAAACCAACCGCUCGCAAGAGCGCGUGUCCAGCGCCUCGCAAGAGGCGAUGGACACAACAACCGGUCAGACGGCGCUGCCAGCGCCUAAGGAGCCGCGAGAAUCUCGCGAUCGCUCCAAAAAAGAAAAAGCCCGCAUCACAGGGCCCGACAAGGGCUCUGUAAGUUAAAUUAGUCUCUUUUAAACACACAGCACAAAAAAAAACACUUCCAACAUGAAUACACAAAUAAUACAAUGGAACGUCAGAGGACUCCUACACAACCUCGAUGACGUCAAAGAAAUCCUACACAGGUUUAAUCCUAAGGUGCUGUGUGUUCAAGAGACACACCUUAAAUCUACACAAUCAAACUUUCUCCGACAAUACGCCAUUUUUCGUAAGGACCGCGAUGACACAGUCGUGUCUUCCGGUGGUGUGGCUAUUGUAGUCGACAGAGGUGUUGCCUGCCGGGAACUAAAGCUUCGUACGCCCCUAGAGGCAGUUGCUGUCCGAGGGGUGUUGUUUGAGAAGCUGGUCACUGUCAGCUCUAUAUACAUCCCUCCCAAUUAUCAACUACAUAAAACCGAAUUCCAAAACUACAUAAAUGAACUUCCGGAGCCAUACAUAGUUGUCGGAGAUUUCAACGCACAUAACACUUUGUGGGGAGACUCACGUUGCGAUGCGAGAGGUCGCCUAAUUGAAAAUUUUCUGUUCUCUUCAGGCGCAUCAUUACUUAACAAGAAAGAGCCUACGUAUUACAGCGUUACACAUAACACAUAUUCAUCCAUUGACCUAAGUAUAGCAUCGAGUACACUAAUGCCAUACCUGGAGUGGUCCGUUCUCAAGAACCCCUUUGGGAGCGACCACUUCCCAAUUAUGCUAGGCUUAACAGAACAAGAUAGAUGCUCGCCACACGUUCCCCGAUGGAAGCUUGACUCGGCUAACUGGGAACUUUUUCGACAAAUAACAUAUUUAGGCCGGGAUGACAUUGCCUCCUUUAACAUAGACGAUGCUGUGGCGUAUAUAACAGGUUUUAUCAUUGACGCUGCUGAAAGGUGCAUACAACAAUCUAAUGGACUGGCUAAUAAGCCUCGCCUGCCAUGGUGGAACGAGGAAUGCCAAAAUGCACGUAAAAAGCAAAACAAAGCCUGGGGAUUGCUUCGCAACUCCCCAACAGCUGAAAACCUGAUAAAUUUUAAGCAAGCAAAGUCGCAGGGCAGGAGAACGCGCAGACGUGCUAAAAGAGAGAGUUGGGAAAAGUACAUCUCCAGCAUAAAUUCGUACACCGAUGAAACGAAAGUCUGGAAUAGGGUAAAUAAACUAAUAGGCCGGGAGUCACAUCCCCUACCCUUAGUAAGUAGCCAAGGUGAUAGCCUGGAAGACCAGGCGGAUUGUCUAGGUGAACACUUUGAAUAUGUAUCAAGUGAAUCGCACUAUACAGAAACUUUCCUGAAGUUCAAAGAACGCGAAGAGCGGCAGCCCCUUAACCGCAAAGGUUCUUCGAGUGAGGCUUACAAUCGACCAUUUACCUUAGCCGAACUUAAAGCAUCUCUCACAUGUUGCAACAAUUCGGCGCCAGGUGGCGAUCGUAUUAUGUAUGAAAUGGUUAGAUACCUACACCCUGAAACACUGAAAACACUCCUGUCUCUUUUUAAUGCCAUGUGGGCGGCUGGGUGUAUCCCGUCCUCAUGGAAAGAAGCCAUAGUCAUCCCGAUACUUAAACAAGGCAAAGACCCGUCCUUAGCCAGCAGCUACAGGCCAAUAGCUCUAACGAGCUGCCUGUGCAAGCUGUAUGAAAAAAUGAUAAACCGGCGUUUAAUCAGUUUCCUAGAAAAUAACAAAAUACUAGACCCCUUCCAGUGUGGCUUCCGAGAAGGUAGGUCGACAACAGACCACCUUGUUCGCAUCGAGGCAAACAUCAGAGAUGCAUUUAUUCAUAAACAGUUUUUACUUUCUGUAUUUAUAGAUUUAGAGAAAGCGUACGACACGACAUGGCGCUUCGGAAUUCUGCGAGAUCUUUCUGGGAUGGGGGUCCGCGGAAAUAUGUUAAACACAGUCGAAAGC